AUGUACACGUGGAACUGGCAGUCUAACAUUACCCUCUGCCCCUCCACAGCAGACCACGAGGCAGCAGCAAAGGUGGAGUCGCUGUUCCUAGACGCAGAGUUGAAGGAUGCAGCGGGCGGGAGGACCAGGGCUUCUCUAGUCACUGUGGCCCACCAUUCACCACGUGGACGCCACCUACAGGUCACCACCAGUACCAGAUCCCCGAAGGUCGGAGAGUACGUCAUUCUACACGUCCGCAGCAACUAUUACCUCGAUCGCUUCCGCUACAUUCUUCUCAGCAAGGGGAUGAUCAUAGAGGCUGGCCAGCAAACCAUGGAGGCAUCCCUGAAGACCUUCCCUCUGCCACUGACCCCUGAAGUCGCUGGUGUGGCCACAGUCGUCGUGUACACCAUAGGCCGCGACGAGAGCCUGGUAGCCGACGCCCUGACCUUCCCAGUGGACGCCCUGACUCGCAAGGGGCUCCAUGUUGACCUGAGGCAAGACCCAAGAGACCAGCAUAAGUUGAAAGUGACAGUGAUGGGUCUCCCCGGCAGUAGGGUGUCUCUAGCUGGCACACACUGGGAGUCUUACAGUAUGCAGGCUGGGAAUGACUUGACGCAUGCACAGGUGCUGUACCAGAUGGCGCGGGAUGUAGGGCGGGUGGUGCAGGACCCCUUGGAGCAGAGGUGGGUAUCGCAGGAUGGACUGCCGGAAAAUAUACUGCAUCUGCCGAGGACUUCACCGGGGAUUGACCCUAAUGCGACUUUUACAUACGCAGACCUCCUGGUGCUGUCGGAUGGCCCUGUGCCGACCCUAGGGAAUGUGUGCAGUGCUGGGGGGGCUCACAGGGGACAGUGCCUGCUGGGGGGGUGCUACACUGCUGUGGAGCGCUGUGACGGCAAGGCAGACUGUAUGGAUAGAGUCGAUGAGAAAGGAUGUCCCCACAAAGAAGAGGAAGAUCUAGCCCAGUAUCGCCAACACCGCAGUAGUCGCCUGUCCCGCCACUACGCUGAGCCCUGGGUGUGGCGAGAGGUAGUGGUGGAGGAAACAGGGACAUCCACUUUCUCCGUCCCAAUUCCCUAUGGCUCGGUCCACCUGGCUCUCUCCGCCUUCAGUCUCCACCCACAGCAAGGCAUGACCAUCCUGCCGCAGCCUGUGGAGUGGAAAGGUUCUGUAGGUUUUUGGAUGGCUGUGGAGGCGCCUUCAAGAGUGGGGUUGUGGGAGCAGAUUGGUGUCCGGGUGACGGCGGUGAACCACGGCACGGAGAGAGUGAGUGCUGUGGUGGUCCUGGCAAACAGCGCUGACUACAAGUUUGUGGACGUCAAGGCUUUCCUGCAGCCUCACCCCAGCAGAGAGGGCAGGGAGAGUCACAUGGUGAGCGGGGAACAUGAGCACAGGGUCUGGGUGGAGGCAGGGGAGGCACACACUCUGUACCUCCCUAUCGCCCCUGUCAAGCUUGGAGAGGUGACUGUGUUGGUACAAGCCUCCCUGCUGGAUAGGAAGAUACAGAAGAAGGUGAAGAUACUGGUGGAGCCCCAGGGAGCCGUCCAGGAGCACCACACGUCAGUUCUCCUCGAUCUAAACAACCGUGCAUAUUUCUUCACCUUCCUGGAUGUCAACACCUCAGAGGGCCUUGUGCCGGGGUCAGACGAGGCUCAUGUGUCAGUCUUCGGGGACACUGUGGGGGCUGUCAUGCUCUCCUCAGCCCCUGCCACGCCAAAAGCUCUCCUCGGACUGCCCUCGGCCGGAUGUGAACCAGUGGCCUUCAGCUUCCUCCUGACGGUGGUGCAGCUGAAGUACUGGCGGGAGAUGGCCCAGGAGCCGCCCCUCGACGAGAAGGAGGUGUUCAAGAGCCUGUCACUGCUGUACCAGACCCUCCUUGUGUACCAGAACAGAGACGGAGGCUUCAAGUACUUUAGGACCAGCAAAAGGAGCUCUGUGUGGGUGACCAGCUUAGUGUUACGAGCUCUUAAUGAAGUGUCUGUCACGUGGCCGCACCUGCUCUACGUCGACCCUCAAGUGACUGACAAGGCGCUCAAGUUCGUGCUGGCCCAACAAGCCCCACACGGUGCCUGGGAGGAGCCGAAUGGAGAGGUGGCAGACAGGAAGCUGGUGCCGGCGCUAUAUUCCCUCACUGGCACCUCCACUCACGCCCUCAACCUGUCCAUCACCUCACACACCAUGAUUGGACUCCAUGCCCUACGCGACCUGCCCUCGCCACUGGACGAACAAGUAGAAGCAUCCAUCUCUCUUGGUCGUCACUGGGUGGAGGACAACCUGGAUGUGGUGGAGCAGGCGUCACGGCCCCUGGAGGUGUCCCUGGUGGCCCUGGCGCUGCAUAUGUCAGGGUCCAAACGUGCCCAUAAGGCGUUUGGGUUCUUGACACGAAAUGCAAGGCAGGAAGGCCCUGAAACUCCCGAAGGCGUGGCUGCGGUGAAAUACGUGUACUGGGGUGAAGAUCUGGUACCUCUGCCUUCCUACCGAGUGGAAUCCCAGCGACCACACCUCCAGCCGCGCCGCCCCCACCGCCAUGACGCAGGCAAUGUUGCAGCGACAGCCUACGCACUCCGAUUGUAUUCCAUGAGGGGCGAGAUUAUGACCCCCAGUAUUAUGAGGUGGUUGCAGUCACAGAGGUCGCACGAUGGAGGGUGGAUGUCGACGCAGGACACUCUAGCAGCAUGGGAGGCGCUUUACGAGUACUCCCAGCAUGAAGGUGGCGCGCGGGACACUAAGCUGAGUGUGACCAUUGAGCCUCUACAUGACCACUCUCAAGCACAGACUUUCUUCAUUACGCCAGAUAACUUCCUUAAUCUUCAGACGCAGGAGGUCGACGGUGAGUGGGGCAGCGUGCGGGUACAGGGCAAGGGACGUGGCUCGGCGGUGUUACAGCUCACCUCUAAGUACCACGUGGCCGACACACACCAUCUCACCUCGCCCCCCACACCAGCGUUCAGACUCAUGACUCGCGCAACCUGGCAGGGACACAAUGGCUCUGCUCUGACGUUCGCUACCUGUGUCCGCUGGCUGUUUAGAGAGGCCGGGGACAGCUCUGGGGUGGCAGUGCUUGAGAUGACUAUUCCUUCAGGCUAUGGCAUGUCAGCAGAGGCACUGAGGAAGCUGGUCUUGGAGGGAAAAGUGCCGCAUCUCAGAAGGGCCGAAUUUGUGGAGAGAAAAAUUACGUUCUUCUUUGAAAAGCUGACUGGAAGCAAGACGUGUGUGGAAUUCUCGGUGGAGCGCUGGUUCCCCGCCGCCAACCUCACCCGUGUCCUGCCCGUCAAGGUGUAUGAAUAUUACUCCCCAGAGCUGUAUGAAGUGGAGCUGCUGGAAAUGUCAUCGGUGGCCCUGGACAUCUGCCAAGUGUGUGGGUCGUACCAGUGCCCAAAUUGUCCCAUUCUCUCCUACUACAGCAGCUCCGCCCCGCCCUGGCCCACCGUGGCGUCUCUCUGGCUCCUCCUGUCCCUUCUCUGCCUCCAUGUCUGUCUGGCUGCGAGUUGAGGCACAGAUGGCGUAGAGGAAGAUGCUACAGCGACGCUCACUAUGACUACUACUGCUACUAUUACUUAUCUGCUCUGCCCUGUAACUGCCUGUCUGGGUUGAGAUUAAUGACACUUGCAGCUGCCAUCACUACUACUACUACUAUUACUACUACUAUUGCUGCUACUCAGAUAUUAGUAGUUAUGUUAUUUCAGUGUGUUAUGUCAUCUUGCUCAGCCCUGUAACUGGCUGCCCAUCAGUUGAGAUUAAGACUUGACACUACAACUACUAUUACUACUAUUAUAUCAGUACUUGAGGUUGCACUAUUUCACUUAUCUUGCCAUAGUUAUCUCAAGCUCUUUAUUUUGGCAGAGAUGAAGUGAUUUGAAGUUCCCAGGUGGUGUGAAGUUAAUUAGCACUGGCUGGUUAAUUCCUCAGUGAAGGUACCUGGUGUCUUGUCAUAUUGAGGUAGAGUGACUAAGUUUGCUAUGUUCCAGUAAGCCACACAGAUAUUUAGUGUUGAGGUGCUGUGGUGGGAAGGGACAGUGAGGUGGCUGUUUAGUAGGGUACUUGAUGACAGAUUCAGUGGUGAGGCAGUAGAAUGAUUGUGUGUUGAUUGUGAAGUGUCUGAGAGCAAGGUAAGAAGGAAAUACAGAAGGAAAGAAUGUAGGAAGUAAUAGUUAUGUUGGUGUUUGUUAUGAAAUGUUGAUAUGGGAAGACUAUUUUGAAAGGAAAAAGAAUAUUUGAAGUAACUAAAUCCGUGUGUUGACAAUGGGAAGAAGACUAUUUUGAAAGCAAGGUUUGAAAUUGAAAUAGGAAGAAAAAUACUGAAGAAAAGAAGAAAUAUAGUAGUAAUUAUAUCUAUUUAUUAUGAAAUGUUGAAGAUUACUUAAUUAAACAAGCCAAUACAACUAGACAGGUGAUUACUUAAAGAGUGAGAGGAGGCAGUCAAUAAGGGUGUUUGUCCAGUAAUACCACAGUUAGCCAGUUUAGAGGAACUUUGUGGUGGUGGUGGCAGUGGCAGUGGUGGUGAGGUGGUAUGGUGAAGGAGUGGUGAUGGUGUGGUGUAGACUAGCUUGUGCGUGGUGAGUUCUUUAUCAUUUUGCUAGUCAUCUUUAUUAGAGUAAUAUAUAUGUGUGUGUGUGUGUGUGUGUGUGUGUGUGUGUGUGUGUGUGUGUGUGUGUGUGUGUGUGUGUGAGAUACUGAACUAAGUAAUAGCAAACCAGCUCUUGAUGUGUUUAAAAAGAUUAUAUUUAGUGAGAGUGAGUGAGUGAGUGACUGUGUGUGCGAGUGAAUGAGUAAGUGUGUGUCUGAGUGACUGUGUGAGUGUGUGAGUGAAUGAUUGAGACUGAAUGUGAGUGAGUGAGUGACUGUAUGUGUGUGUGUGUGUGUACCAGCCAAGUCGCCAAUCUAACUGCUGUACAUAAGAGGCAUAAUGAUGUAAUAUAGAAUCGCUCAUGCUCAAAUCUAACUAAACCUUCUUAAAAACAGAUAAACUAAAGCGUAGAUACUCGUACGUACCGUAAACAUUAAUACUCCACCCAGCCACCGUUGACGUAGAUGUUUAAGCAUACAAUAAUACAGUGUUGCGUAUUGCAGUCUUGACGAGCAAACUGUUUGAUACCUUCCAUGAUUUGUGUCGUUAGUUAUUGCCACACAGAGACUUAUAGGCCAUGUUUUGUCCGUCUGUCUGUGUGUCCGUGUGUGUGUGAUGGGAGGCGGUGGUGUAGGGGAUAAGGUUGGUGAGUGUGGGAUCUGGCAGACGUCCGUGCGUAGGUUCGAAUCCCACCACGUGCCGUCUUGAAGUUUUUUUUUUUUUUUUUUUUGUGUGUGUGUGUGUGUCUGUGUGUGUUUGAGAGAGGUAGAUUAUAUAUAUUAUGUAUAGUAUUUCAUAACAUAGCAAUAUAGACUUGACAAUACCUCGUGUGUGUGUGUGUGUGUGUGUCUGUGUGUGUGUGUGUGUGUGUGUGUGUGUGUGUGUGUGUUUGAGUGUACAUAAAGAAAUUCUUUAAAAAUCUAUAAAAAAAAAUUACAAUAAAUUAAUAAAAAUAUGGUGCAUUUGUACAUAACUCUGUCUCUUUCUCUCUGUCUCUCUCAUGAUAAACUCCCCAGCUCUACACUAAGUUACCUAACCUUACUUUUUUCUCUCUAAACUUAACCUAACCUAACUUUGCCCUGAUAAAUGUAACCUCAACCUAACCUAACUUUUUCUUCUCUAAAUCCAAUCUAACCAAAUUCUUUCCUCCUGAACCUAACCUAACUUAACUUUUCCCCAUCUGAACCUAGCCUAACCAUAACACAUAACACAGCUUGGGGAGAGACUUGGAGACCUCAGUGAAGAAGAGUGCCAGGAAAGAGAGAGAGAGUGGAAAGGAGGGAGGAAGAUAAGAGAAGUAUUGGAACAGCAAAGGAGACAGAAAUGAAAGUGUGAUGAAAAGAAAGGUGAGAUUUUAAUGAUGGGGAAAUGAGAGAUGGAGAUUGAAGGAAAUUAUAGAGAAGAAAAAUUAUUGGUAAAGUAAGAAAUAAUAUUAGUCAGGAUAGAAAUGAAAAUGUGAUGAAAAGAAAGGCAAGAUUUUAAUGGUGGAGAAUACAAGCCUUGAAGUGAUUAGUGCCAAGCUGUGUGGGGUCUGACGUGGCUAACCCAUCCCCUUGUGUCCCUCUGGCUUGAUCAUUGUCUCGUCUCUAACUUCUGUCUCCUCGUCUGUCACCCACCACGCAGCCAGCCACCCAGCCACCCAGCCUGCCCCCUUCAUUCCUGCCUGGCUGGUGGAGUGACUCUUUCUUGUACUGCGGCUGGUGAAGUUUGGUGUCUUGAUUGUGUUUUGAGGGACUGUGGCCAAGAAGAUAAGAAGUUAGGUUAAAAUUCUUUGUUUUAAGGGACUGGCCAAGAACAGGAGAGAAAAUUUAGGUUAUUUCUCUCUGUUUUGAGUACUGUGGCCAAGAACAAGAUGGAAAAGUUUGGUUAUUCUUCUUUCUCUCUUUGUCUUAUCUUUCUUUAGUGAACAGUAAGAGUUUGGUGUUGAAUCUGUGGUAACUAUGACAUUUUUUGAGGGAUUGUGGCCAAGAACAAGAUCAAAAAGUUUGGUGUUUCUUCUACUUUUUAAUUUAUCUUUCUUUUAUAAAUCGUAAGAGUUUGGUGUUAAAUCUUUGGAAACUGACAUUUUUUAAGGACUGUGACCAAAAAAACAAGAAAAAAGUUAGGUAGAUAUUAAUUCUUCUUCUCUUUGUCUUUUUUUUCUUUCAUCUCACAGUUCUUGUAUGAAUUGUGUGUGGUGUUGAGUUUGUGUUACUUUUCAGACCUCCAUUUUUUGAGGGACUGGUUUAGAGCAAGAUGAAAAGGUGAAGUUUUUUUUUAUUCUCUCCUCUUUGCUCAUCUUCCCUUCACUCAAGUCUUGCAUGAAUUGUGAGCGAUUUGUGUUGAGUCUUGAAUGCGACAGGUUUUGAAGGAUCGGCUAAGAACUAGAAGAAAACAUUUAGCUGUAUUAAUUUCUCUCUUUUUGCUUUUCUUUCCUUCAUCACUCAGUUUUUAUGUAAAUUGUAAGUGUGCGGUUGGGAGUCUUAACCCCUUCAGUACAGGGACACAUUUUUACCACGAGUUUUGUGUACAAUUAGACCAUUUUAUUUACAUCAAGAAGAGUCUAGGGAGGUCAGAAGAUUAAUGGCCACAGUCUUCACUAUUUUAAUCCCCCACGUAAGUUUCUGAAGCUGUAUAGAAUCACCAAAUAGUCACUAGAAUGAAUAUGAAAACACAUCAUGCUACUGAAGGGGUUAAUAGCGAUAGGUUUUGAAGGAUUGGCCAAGAACUAGAAAAAAUGAUAAAAAUGUAUUAAUUCCUUUUUUUUUUUUUUUUUUUUUUUCUUCUUAUCUUUCCUUCAUCACUGAGUUCUUGCCCUAAUUGUAGCUGCGAAAGUUAUCAUAAAGUCACAAGUCACAGUCUUAUCAUUUGAGGUCACCGUUUACAGGAAUGGUGCUAUUAUUGCCAUCCACAAGGUCAGUUAUGAUUUUACAGCUUGAAGGUCACAAUUUUACUCGCAAAGAAGUGUGUGUGUGUGUGUGUGUAAUCUACAGGUCACAAUCUUAUUUUAUCUUAUUUUAGGUCACAAUCAGCAUCUCCACAAGGCCACAAUCAUACAAUUCCAUAUCUUGGGUCACUGAUAAGUUAGGAAGUGUUUUGGUCACCCCCAGGCCACAGUGCGAGUCCCGUGUCAUGGUGCAGCAGGGAACAGUGCCAUCACCGCCAGCCAAGGUCACCAGGCAGGCAGACGGUGUGGCGUGGCGUGGCGUGGUAUGGGUGGUGAAGGAGGCGUGUGUGUACUGUUGGUAUAUGUGCUGCUUGAUGUGACGAGGCUGUUGGUGGAGGUGUUACCCAGGGAGGACUCAUCUUUUUGUUGGUUUGUUAUGUACUAUUAACUAUUACUACUACUACUACUACUAGUCAGACGUACUGGGCUUCUCGAGGCAAAAUAAAAUGUAUUAAAGUCU